UUGACUCCAAGAAGUCUGCUCUUCGGCCACUCCUCACCAGUUCUUUGUUUGGCGAACGGAAAGCAAACAAAUGACAAUUCAUUACUCGUCAGCUCAUCGGAAGCCGGUGAGAUGUCUUUGUGGGACUUAAGCGAUGGCCGAUGUCUAGAGAGUGUCAAAAUGCAAUGCGUCCACACAAACAUCCAGACUUAUGAAUUGGCCGCUCACGAAGACGUCCGCCUGUUUUGCAACGGAUAUUACGCGGAGAUUCUGAUAAUGGAUGUGACAACUCUUGAGGUGCUCUACACACUCACAUCCAAAGUGAAUCCCGAUUGGAUCAGCGCUAUGCAUGUCUUGAGACCUGUCAAACGUCAAGCAGAGGAUGUGGUGAUUGGAUUGUCGAUUGCAGGAGUGGUCAAAGUGUGGACAUUAACGGGACAUGAAGUUCGCUCAACGGAACCCAUUUAUGAGAACGAAUCGAAACCUAUUCGAUGUCUGAAUGCAAUCCGAAUGACAUGUUGUAUAUAUAAUCAAAGGACAGUUCUAGUCGUUUGUACCAAAUAUUGGCAGGUGUACGACGCGGGAGACUUCUCUCUGUUAUGUUCAGUGGACAGCCGUAGGGGUGAGCGCUGGUCGGGCGGCGAUUUCCUCACUGCCGACCGCAUAAUCGUGUGGAGCGAUACGGGAAAGGGAUAUAUUUAUAAACUGCCCGUCAAUUGUAUUCCAGACAACAAAGAAUUCCAUUCCCCAGAAUCUGAUCAGCCAUUCCUUUACUGCAUUCUUGCCAUUCCUGACGACGAGCGUCUGUUAUGUCCGCCGGCAAUGAAUUUCUAUUUGUUGAGUAAAAAUAUAAGCGAAAUCGAAGUCAAUCCUAAUAUUCAAAAGCUAUUAAUAAGAGGCGAUUCGUAUGGAAAAGUAGUCAUUUGGUCCAUACCUGACGUAACCAAUAGAGACGUCACUGCCGUACGACAAGAGUCAACCGAAAUACCGCCUCAAAUGCCUCCCACUGUUAUUCAAUCACUAGAGAAGGCCUGGAAGUUAAUGAAACCCUCGCCCUGUGGUAUAUUAGACCAAUUGGUUAACAACAAAGAAUUCCAUUCCCCAGAAUCUGAUCAGCCAUUCCUUUAUUGCAUUCUUGCCAUUCCUGACGACGAGCGUCUGUUAUGUCCGCCGGCAAUGAAUUUCUAUUUGUUGAGUAAAAAUAUAAGCGAAAUCGAAAUCAAUCCUAAUAUUCAAAAGCUAUUAAUAAGAGGCGAUUCGUAUGGAAAAGUAGUCAUUUGGUCCAUACCUGACGUAACCAAUAGAGACGUCUCUGCCGUACGACAAGAGUCAACCGAAAUACCGCCUCAAAUGCCUCCAACUGUUAUUCAAUCACUAGAGAAGGCCUGGAAGUUAAUGAAACCCUCGCCCUGUGGUAUAUUAGACCAAUUGAUCCACACAUCAGAUGACACUCCGUAUUACAAACUGACGGCUUCUGUAUAUUUGCCACUUCAGGGAAGACUAGUCUGCGGUCGAGAAGACGGCAGUAUUAUUAUAGUGUCCGCGAGUCAGACAAUUAUGUUGCAAUUCCUCGUCGGUAAGCAUCUGACAUACGAAGACUGGCCGCACCACCAGAUCCUUGUGGGCCACUCGGGACGAGUCAAUUGUCUACUAUAUCCGCAUCACAUCAACAAUCGUUACGAUAUCGCGCAUCUGGUGUCGGGAGGCGUCGACUUUUCAGUGUGUUUGUGGGAUCUCUACAGCGGGACUCUUCUGCACCGAUUCUCUGUCCACGCGGGAGAAAUCAACCAAUUGUUUGCACCGCCAAAAGAGUGCAAUCCGCGAGUUUUGCAAUGCAUCUGUUCGGUGGCCAGCGAUCACUCGGUGGCCCUCAUCAGCCUUAAAGAGCGCAAGUGCAUAAUGCUGGCCAGUCGUCAUCUGUUCCCGAUUCACACUAUCAAAUGGCGACCACUCGACGACUUUAUGAUUGUUGGAUGCGUUGAUGGAUCGGUGUAUGUCUGGCAGAUGGAAACGGGACACUUAGAUCGCGUUCUCCAUGGAAUUAUUGCUGAAGAGAUACUUAACGCUUGCGAUGAAAACGUAACCACUGCUGGCGAUCGUCUCACAAACCCAGCCAUUCAUUUAUUCAGAGGUUUAAGACAUCGGAAUUUAGCGGCCAUAAGACACGCAGCCGUUAGAGGUCUUCAUAAUAUAAGCUCUCAUUUGGAGAAACAAAAACACGAUGUGAUCGAUAUGUCGAUUCGGUCGCGUUCUCAUCCACUUAUGAUACAAGGCUUGCGGACUAACCCUAAGGAUCAGGACAGCCAUGUCUUGUUCUUUGAUGUCGAGGCUCUCAUUGUACAACUAAUGAGUGAAGAAUAUUCAACACUCACUCCAAACACACUCGAAGCCCAGGGAUUGACGAACACUAAUGAAUAUCAGAAGUAUUACAAUCUUUCGUGUUCUCCAGAAACACAACACAAAUUGACGGGAUUUUUAAAUAAAGUUAAAGAUUCGGCAGAAAAUGCGGCCCAAAAAAUACAGGCGAAGGCCGACAGCAUUGGAUUCAAGAAUGUUUCGGGAGAUAUCUCUGUUGGCUUCUAUAGGAAGGGAUCGAGCGCUUCAUCAGAGGUGACAACUCCUCCCCCUUCAGGCGCUAAACCGCCGGCGAAACUGACGAUAGGAGAGACUAACCUAACGAUGGAUAUAACUAGACUUUUGCUAUCAUUACUGCACGCCUGGGGACUGGACUCAGAUCUGGAUAAAGUCUGUGAAUCCAAAUUAGGUCUUCUUCGGCCUUUGAGACCCAUUUGUUUUGGAAUGAUCUCCAGAGGCGGUCACAUGUCUCUCAUUUUGCCGACUUAUGUGCAGAAAUUGGACGCCACUUCUGCCGCACAAAACCCUAAAGAGAAGAUCCCUUUAACUAAAACCGAUUCAAAACACGUCAAACUUUAUUUACCGCCAGAACUGAGGGCUGAAGAGGAAAAAGCGCGCCGUUUCUCAUCGAGACUUCAUUGGGAACUGUCGACUGCCAUCACAACUAACCAUCUCUUGUCAAUCAUAUCGUUGGCCAACACUUUAAUGUCAAUGAGUUCCGCGACUUUCAUCCCAGAGAGUGAACGCAAACGACGGUUGAAUCGAAAGGCGAGUCGAACUGAGAGUAAGACUGAAAACGAUGUGUCGGCCGAAGCGGAACACUUCGCUAAUCAACAGCAACAGAUCAAACAGGGGUGGAGUCUAUUGGCAGCACUUCAUUGCGUGCUUUUGCCUGAUUUGGUCAAAUCAGUUCAUUUCCAGCGGCCAUUGGUUGAGAUACUGGCGCGUCGGUGGCAGGACAGGUGUCUCGAGGUGAGAGAGGCCGCACAGGCCCUGCUUUUGGCUGAACUCAGACGAGUGGGCAGUAAAGGCAGGAAACAGAUUGUGGACGAUUGGGGGCCGUAUUUGCCCAACUAUUCGGAUCAAAUACAUACCGCACACCACACCGAACAUCAUUCCAAAUCUCACAGUCAGCCCCACUCUAUAGCGUCGAGCCCUUCGCCCAGUCCUGUGCCGUCAGAUUCAGGACAAAACAUUUACAAACACUCAGACCUGAGAGCACACGACGACAUCUUGUCCGAUGAAGACGACGAUCCGGACGAACACUCGAUGGGUGUCGACAAUGGCUCGACCACUGGCGGCGACGAUACCAACGCUUCCCGUAUUUCUUCGUUUACGACUGAAGGGCGGAGAAAACAGGCGACAGCUAUCGUCCUGUUGGGAGUGAUUGGCUCGGAAUACGGCCACGAAGUCGAACAAAGCAAACGAAAACCUAAUGACGAAACGCGUCGGAAAAGUGUUAUCGAAGGCUUCGGUCCCGGAAAUUAUACUUUGGCCAGAAAUACAAGCAAAGCCUUAGCGUAUCUCCUAUUGAGUCCGCCGUCAUCUUCACUACCACUCCACACAUCCCUUCGAAGAGCUGCCAUCGAUUUGAUCGGUCGCGGGUUCACUGUAUGGGAGCCUUAUUUAGACGUUUCGAAAAUACUUUUGGGUUUAUUAGAGUUGUGCUGUGAGUCUGAAAACCUGGUGCCGAGUAUGUCCUUCGGCUUGCCUUUGACUCCUGCGGCCGAUUCGUGUCGAACCGCUCGACACGCUAUUUCACUCAUAGCCACCGCUCGACCACCGGCAUUCAUCACAACACUGGCCAAAGAGGUGGCCCGAUAUAACACACUUCAGCAAAACCCACAGCAUUUAAACAUAGCGUUACAUCAAUCGGUGUUAUGCCGGGGAAGACCUGAGAUACUCAGAAAUAUGGAAAUACUGAUCGACAAAAUGCAAACCGAUGUCUCGGAUCUCAUUAUCGAAGCCAUGGAUAUAAUCAUCCAUUCUUUGGACCACAAUAUGCUUAAGACUAAAGGAUUGGGAGAAGUGUUUCCGACAGUGUGUCGCUUCCAGAACGUGACGUUCUGUACGUCAACCCGUCGUAUAGCAGUGGGCGCUAAAAACGGCAAUUUAGCCAUUUAUGAGUUGAGAGCGCCCAAGUCUCAGGUCAUACCGGCCCACACGGCCGCCAUUACCUGCUGUUCCUUCUCACCCGACGGCAAACAUCUGGUCUCCUAUUCUAUGGGCGAAAAUAAGGUGUCGUUUUGGUUGACAGCUGUGGGACUGUUUGGUUUGGGCAACGCUCAGACCCGUUGCGUCAAGACAUACAGCGCUCCGCCGAUGUCCGAACAGGUGAAGGCCACCGGACCUCUCAAAAUGGCACGAUUUGUGUGGGUUUCCAACAAAAGCGUUAUUCUGAUGUUCGCCGACGGAAACGAAUUUAGAUUUAAUGUUUAGAAUUUAUUAUUAAAUUUAUAGUUUUUGUUUUUGUUGUUAGUAUUACUUAAUUAAUUAUUUAUUAAUUCGGUGUUUACUGAAUGCAAACAUUUUAGUCAUUAAUUUAAAAAUACAAAAUAAUUCCUGACUUUUUUGUGAUGACAUCCAUAUCUUAGGAACG